GCUCGAGCCCGAGUCUCUAGCUCCAGCAUGGAGACUUCUAGAUAAACAAAUCUAACUCUAAAGCUAAAGUAACGUUCACGAAGGUGUUCUCUCAUCUACUUUAUUUUAUUCCAGAGAGUUUAACAGAGAGAUCUUUCAGAGGUCAACCAGCGCGAGUGGUCAUUUAUAAAACCAUGCCGUCCACCUGCGACUCUCUCAUCGACGAUAUCGAGGACAUGGUGUCGUCCAGCCAGCCGGCUGCUCUCCAGCGCUCCUCCACCAGACAGUCCGUCGUUCCGCGAGUGAGAAAACGGAAAGAUCUCACAGCUAGUGAGGAGCUUCAGGCCGACAGCGUGAUCCCGGGCACACAGAAAGUGUGGAUGAGGACGUGGGGCUGCUCACAUAACAGCUCAGAUGGAGAGUACAUGGCCGGACAGCUGGCUGCAAGUGGCUACGAGAUGACCGAUGACCCGACCAAAGCAGAUGUUUGGCUGCUGAACAGCUGCACAGUGAAAAACCCAGCAGAAGAUCACUUCAGGAACAACAUCAAGAAGGCUCAGGAGCAGAAUAAGAAGGUGGUGGUAGCAGGAUGUGUUCCUCAGGCUCAGCCCAGGAUGGAUUACCUCAAGGGCCUGAGCAUCAUCGGGGUCCAGCAGAUUGAUCGUGUGGUGGAGGUGGUGGAUGAAGCGGUGAAAGGUCACUCUGUACGUCUGCUGGGUCCAAAGAAAGAUAAUGGCAAGCGGCUUGGUGGCGCUCGAUUGGAUUUGCCGAAGAUUAGGAAGAACCCGCUGAUUGAAAUCAUUUCCAUCAAUACAGGAUGUUUGAAUGCUUGCACAUACUGCAAGACCAAGCAUGCUCGAGGCGACCUGGCCAGUUACCCCAUCGAGGAACUGGUGGAACGAGCCAGGCAGUCCUUCCUGGAGGGAGUGUGUGAGAUCUGGCUGACGAGUGAGGACACUGGAGCUUACGGGAGGGACAUCGGCACGGAUCUGCCCACGCUGCUGUGGGAGCUGGUGAAGGAGAUCCCUGAGGGCUGCAUGCUCCGCCUGGGCAUGACCAACCCACCUUACAUCCUCGAGCACCUGGAGGAAAUGGCGAAGGUCCUGAGUCACCCGCGAGUGUACGCCUUCCUCCACGUCCCGGUCCAGUCAGCGUCGGACAGUGUGUUGAUGGACAUGAAGAGAGAGUACUGCUGUGACGACUUCACACACGUGGUCGACUUCCUGAAGGACAGGGUUCCUGGCAUCACCAUCGCCACCGACAUCAUCUGUGGCUUUCCAGGUGAGACAGAUGAGGACUUUCAGCAGACAAUGGAGCUCGUGAGAAAGUACCGCUUCCCGAGUCUCUUCAUCAACCAGUUCUACCCCCGUCCCGGAACUCCGGCCGCCAAGAUGGAGCAGGUUCCGGCUCAUGUGAAAAAACAAAGAACCAAGGAGCUGUCUGCAUUGUUCCACUCAUACAACCCUUAUGACCAUAAGGUGGGAGAGCGGCAGAGUGUGUUGGUCACCGAGGAGUCCUUCGACGCCCAGUACUACGUCGCACACAACAAAUUCUACGAGCAGGUUCUGGUUCCCAAAAAGCCGGCGUUUAAAGGAAAGAUGAUCGAGGUGGACAUCUUCGAGGCAGGGAAGCACUUCCUGCGAGGUUGCCCGGUGGAGGACUCCACGGUCAUCACACCGUCCAUCAGCCAGCCGCUGGAGAAAGGAGAGAUAUCCGGCCUCAGUCAGAGCCUGAAAGGCACGAGUCAGAACGGCGUCCCUGCCUCCCCGACGCCCUCGGCAGCUCCUGGCUGCUGGAGGAACCUGGAUGGUCAAGGCCUCACGCUGCUCUCAGUAGGACUGGCUCUGCUGGCUGCUCUAGUGCUUUUCAUCUUUGAGAAACUUCAGUGACAUUGAAGCGCAGCCCGGCGUAUUGUGUAGCGAGCGUGUGAACGACGCGAUCUGCCAAACGUCGUGUGUCUGCCGAGCGUCUGUGAGUCGAGGUCAAACCGAGGCCAUGUGCUUCAUGAGCUUUGGAGCGCGCUGAAAUAACGGAGGACACGCCGAAGGAUUUUAGUGUGUAUUGUAACGUUCUCCUUCGAGGCAGAAAAGAAUUCUUUGAAUGGAGAAAAAGAACCUUUUUCAACUCCAUUCAAUUAGCAGAAGCUUUUUUUUUUAUUAUUAUUAUUCGUGGAAGGCACACAUUUUAGAAAUCAAGCUCCAAGGACAUCCUGAAAACUCCAUUCAGGUCUGUUUUCUUUUCAUUUGAUUUUAUUUAGCUUUUAAACUCAAUGUGUAUGGGGUUUUUUUUUUUCUUUGACCUGCAGUGUCAGUUUUUUUUCCAUCUCCAUCAACCUUAUUAAACUAAACUCCACACUCUC